ACACAUUCACCCCGUUCCCUUUCUCUCCAGUGCAAGCAUUUUGUGCAAGCAAUGCAAAGCAUCUGACCUGAAAGCUGCAAACUGAGUGAAGAGGAAGAAAAGGAAAAGAGGCGACAGCGCUCAGAGUGUGACUAAAACUCUCCUGGACGUCUGCAGGAUAUGUGCAUGUGCCGCGGGAGGGAUGAUAGCAACAAGAGAAUAAUAAUUACCAAGCAAAGAAGAAAUAUCCAGACUUUCAAGUGGAUUUUUUCUAUGGGAUUGAACACCAAAAGAUGCUGGUUUUGGUGAACUGAUUCACAAGAGGCGUCAGUAAGUGCAUCUUUUAUAUUGUCCCAGGGCUGUUCUUACUAUGCCACUCUUCAGCUGGCCCAAAGUGUUCCAUGAGAAAUCUUCUCAGAGUGAAGCCCAAUCUUGUAGAACCGACCAAGACCGACCGAGCCACGUGUUGCUCCAAGAGCUCUUAUGGCACCUGCAGGAACGUGAACGCACAGCACGGAUGCUUGAGCAGGAACACAGGCUUGCCGACGUUGCCGCGGAUCACCACUGUUUUCACAGGUGCCCCAGGUUGAGGAGCGUCAUUCCCACAUCGGAGCUACGCCAACUGGAGCUGCUGUGUGCCAGCAUCCCCGCCGUGCAUGCUGCUGCAGUGCUCUCCAGAUUUCGUGAAGUGCUUGCAAGCAACAACGUGAUGCCCUGGGAGUUGGUGUCAGUCUUCAAACUGGUCCUUAAAGACUUCUUCAGCCAAAGGAAAUGCGAUGAAGACGGUAAACUUUUGUGGUUUUGGACCGGCCGCGCCAAACUGAAGCAGGGUGCCGACCGAUCAAGCAGCUAUGGUGACACGCAAAGGGAGGAGAUCCCAACGGUCUCUGGAUAUGUAGACAGGGCCAUGCGGACAAGUCACUUGGCAGCGAAAAGAGACUGGGAGCUUCCAUAUUACUAUCCAGUCCCUGUGAGCUCAACUGAGGCCUGUUGCACAUCACUCAGAGGAAACUCUUUUCAAUGAAUAUAUAGCUACUAUGCAGGGGCUGACAAAGUUUCCCAACACAGUAAUACCAAAAAGACACAAACUACACAGAGGAAAUGCUGCAAAAGACAAAAACACACACAAACUCCACAGCCAGCUGCAUGAGAAAAAUACUACAUAUUUUCACGGAACAAAGUGGGAGUUAAUCACGCCACUAACAAAGCAGACCCAAGGGAUGUCAGGUAUUUAAACAUGAGCGGGAUUUUAUGAAUUUGUCACCAAUGUUUAAAGUGUUUUGUUACCUUGACCUUGGGAAGUACAGAAUUAUAAUAAAUCAUAAAUAUGGCUGUUUUGCAUAUUAAAUUGAAUUGUUGAACACAUUUACCAGUCUCAGUAAGUCGUUUUUGUCAUUUGCAGCAUUUUCAGGUUGUAUUUUAUAUUUUGUUUGGAACGUUUGCACCUGUUCGCCACCAUACACCUUUACUUAUGCUGCUACUAUAUUAAGAAUUAUUUUGACAAAUUAUUGAAUCUAGACAUCAGACUGUGACGUACUUAUCUUUGCUAGCUACAGCAUGCUACAUUUUAUUAGUACAAAUAUUCAAACAUUAAACAAAAAUCCCGUAUUUUUUUCUUCCUCUUGUCGAUCAAAUUCUUUAAUCUAAUGUUGUUACUAUGACUAACUAUAAUAUAUAUGAAUUUUUGCGUUUUGACAAUCAUGAGAUGACGAGGGGAUUUUAGCCUGCUAAGCUAGCUCAGGUGCGGGAGGAGGGACUCUUGUUAGCUAGCAAAAGAUUUGAUGCUUAAAAAUCAUCUUACCCGGUCUCUUUCGUCGCCGGCUCAGUUAAUUUCUUUCCAUCCACUUCAUUUGUGAGUUUAAUGUUGGCAAAUGUGGCUCCGGAGGUGAACCAAUCGGAAAUUUGCUCGGCCGUGAAACUUUUCUUCAUGUUGCACUUGAUAAUAUCACAACUCCUUUGUCUCCAACCAAUGAGCGCCAAACAUGUUAGCUAAGAGUGAGUCGCUGUUUGCAAUGUGAGCUUCGAUUGUGUCAACUUGUAUUAAAAGCAACAUCCUCCUGACCCUGAAAAAUAAGUUACAUUUCCCCAUUAAAUAAUUGUGGUGAGUAAAAAUGAUUUUUGUAAUGUUUUGGAAAGAAUAAUAAAAUAAAUUACCAUGUAAGGCAAUUUCAGCUGUACUCGCCUCUUUGAUUAGCAUAACAGUAAUUUUAAUUACUGUGAAUUAAAAUACAGUCCUUUCUCAUUUAUUGUGGUUAAUUGGUUCCAGACUCAACCCCAAUAAGUGAAUUUCUGCAAAAUAGGAUUAAAUAUUAAUAUUAUUUUCAUACUUAGAGCAUAGCAAACAUGUUUAAGACUUUGGAAAUAUGGCUUUUUACCAUUGAGACCCAUCGACACAAAAUAACACCCCUAUAGUCUCCUUUCCACUCCUGUUAUUCUUUUGUUUACUCCACAUUUUUAAGGCGCAGGCUACAGGACAACUGCAGGAACACAAGAGAAGCAUGUUAGCGAACAAAUCACUUCUAUUUUAUAUGUCCAACAAAGACGACAUGCAGGUUUGUUUUUUCACAAAUCUAUGUGGAGGAGGAAAACACUGAAAAGUAGCGCUUUUCUUGUAUAUUUUAGCCUUGUUUUUAGCUGUGAAUGUAUGGAUAUUGUAUUUUAAUGCAUCGUUUACUGUUUUUACUCAACUCUUUUUUUUCCUCUUCACUAUAAAGAGUCUGAGUACUCUGGAAAGCACUAUACAAAUAAAAUGUAUUAUUUUAUUUUUUUUCUCCCAAAGCUGGGAUAGGCUCCAGCACCUCCAUGAUCCUUGUGAGGAUAAGUGGUAGAAAAUGAAUGAACACGGAUUGAUGAUGAUGUAAAACACCCUUUUCCAAUUAAUGUGGGAAAAAGACAAAAAGUACAAUACAGAAGAAGUAACAAAAUGGCAAUUGAAAAAAUUGUUUACAAACAAAAGUAAAAAAAAAAAAAAAUCCAAAAAAAGAGCAUUCACAGGGAUUUACAGCAUUUUCAAGGGUCCCGUGUUGUCACUGUCCUGUUGUAAUAGGCUCAUCUCUGAUCGAAGCUUUUCAUUUUCCUUUAAACGCACACAAAAACGCAUUUGAUUAGUGUCGUGUGGAAAGCGAGUCCGCUCUUGAUAAAUAUUCCAAAACAGAAAAGCUAAUCACCUCUUGGAGUCUCGUGUUGUUCUUCUUGAGUUUCACCAAAUAUUCAAUCCUCUGUUUGUGGUUCUUGUGUCCUACCAGCUUUCCGUUCUCCUCUGACAGCUGAACAUUCUGCUUGCGGAGAACCUCAUUCUCCUGGAAGAGGAGCCACUUUCACUUCUUACAUCCAUUGUGUACUUAGUACUACAAAGCGCAGAAAUACAAGAAUCUAUAUAAGAACUCUGACCUUGAGAAGUUUGUCCUCGUCCUGUACCCGCAGGCUCAGCUCUCGGACUUCCAGACAGCGGUUCCUCAAUUCCGUGGUCAACUCCUGAACACAAGUCUGCGACUGGGCCAAUACUGAUUCCUGUGCCUGCAUUCUAAGGAACAAAGCUUGUUAAAAUAUUAAGUACAAGAUAUGUAUGAACAUUCAUUCAUUUUCUACCGCUUAGCCCCAAGAGGGUCGCGGGGGUGCUGGAGCCUAUCCCAGCUGUCUUCAGGCGAGAGGCGGGGUACACCCUGGACUGGUGGCCAGCCAAUCACAGGGCACAUAUAGACAAACAACCAUUCACACUCACAUUCAUACAUAUGGACAAUUUGGAGUCGCUAAUUAACCUAGCAUGUUUUUGGAAUGUGGGAGGAAACCGGGGGAACCCGGAGAAAACCCACACAGAACUCCACACAGAGAUGGUCAAGAUUGGAAUUGAACUCCGGUCUCCUAGCUGUGAAGCCUGCACGCUAACCACUCAAGCACCGUGCAGCCCUUGCCCAAAAUUAAUAUCCAUUUAUUCAUUCAUUUUCGAUCGCUUAUCAUCACAAGAGUUGCGGGGGUGCUGGAGCCUAUCCCAGCUGUCUUCGGGCGAGAGGUGGGGUACACCCUGGACUGGUGGCCAGCCAAUCACAGGGCACAUAUAGACAAACAACCAUUCACACUCACAUUCAUACCUAUGGACAAUUUGGAGUCGCUAAUUAACCUAGCAUGUUUUUGGAAUGUGGGGGGAAACCGGGGGAACCCGGAGAAAACCCACACAAAACUCCACACAGAGAUGGUCAAGAGUGGAAUUGAACUCAGGUCUCCUAGCUGUGAAGCCUGCACGCUAACCACUCAAACACAGUGCAGCCCUUGCCCAAAAUUAAUAUCCAUAUAUUCAUUCAUUUUCUACCGCUUUUUCCUCACGGGGGUGCUGGAGCCUAUCCCAGCUGUCUUCAGGCGAGAGGCGGGGUACACCCUGGACUGGUCACCAGCCAAUCACAGGGCACAUAUAGACAAACAACCAUUCACACUCACAUUCAUACCUAUGGACAAUUUGGAGUCGCCAAUUAACCUAGCAUGUUUUUGGAAUGUGGGAGGAAACCGGAGUACCCGGAGAAAACCCACGCAUGCACGGGGAGAACAUGCAAACUCCACACAGAGAUGGCCGAGGGUGGAAUUGAAAUCGGGUCUCCUAGCUGUGAGGUCUGUGCGCUAACCACUCGACCACCGUGUAGCCCGUAUGAACAUCAUAAUACUCAUUUGUCAAGAGUCAAACUGCAUAUUCAGUACUAUAAAUUUAUAUACUGUAUGUUUGUUGGUCUGAAAGCCUUUCACUAUCCCCCCCGCCCCCCUGAAAGUUCCCUGCACUUCCCCCGGGGGUUGACCGUCCCGCUAUUUGAGAAGCACUGCAUUAGACUGUGCAGGUGUUUCUAUUGUCGAGGUGCUUACUUUUUUUGAGUGUCCAAAAGCCUUUGCAUCACUUUCUCCUGGUCAAGACAAACAGAAGCAUGUGAAUACAAUUUAUAAGAGUAAAGCAAAAUGCACAAAUCAAGAUGACGUAAUAGCAAACCUUCUCUUCUUUCUCCUCGUGUAGCUCUUUAAGGAUGGACUGCUUGAUGCCGACAGUGAGCUCCUCGCUGAAAGAUGAACAACACCGUCAGCAUCCCAGCCAUCCCGUCAUUAAAAACGGCGAAUUAACUCCACCUGUUUGCAUUCCCGCUCUGAGACAGCUGACUCCUUUUGGUAUAAAACUGGUCAAGCAAACCCUGAAUCUCCAUGCGGGCCAUUUCUUUCUCAGUCAACUGUGUCUGAAGUCAGAGAAAAUGAAUUAUCAAUGUGCCUCAUAAUUCUUGCACGUAGUCAAAAACUGCUGAUGAUAUUAAAAACUAUACUUUGAGCCGUUGAAUCUCCUCAUUCUUGGCAGCUCUCUCGGCAUUCAGCUCCACUAAGAGGAUUUCCAUGGUCAUCAUGGAGGACCGUCGAUUCUCCAGUUCUCUCUCCUGGCUUUCCAGGACCUGGGUCAGGUCCCUUCUGAAGCUCCCUGGGGUGCUGGGGG